UGGAAGCAGGAGUGUCAUAUUGCAGAAACAUCCCUCUUGUGUUUCCCUCUGUGAAUCUAUGGCAGGACGUUUUAGAAGGUGAAGAACAAGACAGGGGAAAAAAAUCCUAAAUCUGACCAAAAGUCUAUAUGACUUCCUCCAUUUUCUGUGGGUUGAUUAUGCUACACAGAUUUCAUUGAUCUCAUGUCCAGCAGACAAAACUACAACUUGCAGAUAAUUGCUGCAGGGUACUUUGGGAUCAAUACUGUGCCAACAUAUCAGGCUGUAUUGGAAAGUCUCUGUAUGGGUGAUUGCUUGCUACAUCAAUCCAGCUAUAACAGAGAGCCAUUUCCUCGUUGCUGCCCUGCCCUGCUCCUCUUUGUGUAGAAAGAGUACCCGCCAAUUGAGACAGAUCUUUUCCUCUCAUUGUCUGGUCCUUUCAGGCUUUUUAAAAAAAAAGAAACCCCCGAGCUAUUGGUAGAACUUUCUGAUUUUUUUUUUUUUUUUUUUACAGACCAAUGGCGGCGUCAGUCUGAGUGGUGUGGGGUCUAUGGAUAUCCUCUGGGGACCGGAAGGAAAGCUCUUUGCCCUGGAUGCAACAUCAACACUGAGCUCCUGCGAUGGCAGAUGAUGGUAAGGGGAUGGUGGUGGUCACAGGAUUCUCCUAAGGAGGUGGAGAUAGCAUAGGAGGGUGGGUAGAUGGUUGUGGAGUGGGAAUCUGUAGCAGUGCAUUUUACUGGUUUCUCUGGUUGGACGGUGGGCGGAAAUUUUUGUCAGCAUCUCCUUCGUAUUUCUGGAUGUUUCCUGAUGGUUAAGAGAUUUGAAAUUAUUGUUGAUUCUUCAAGAAUACAGACAAAGAAACUUGAUCCAGAUUUAAAGAUUCAUCCAGGAGGCUAUGUCAGGCAGCCCAGAGAACAUCCCCCUGGGAGAGUGCACCCUCUCCCAGUCCAGGGACCAGCUGACACCGCCGAGCCGCACAGAGAGCACCGUGUUCAGCCUGUCCCGCAGCGAGUCCAUCUGGACCACAGAGACCACUCGCAGUAAGUGUGAAGAAUUCUGGUUCGCCGUCCACCUCAUGUCCACCGGGGGCAGCUUCCUGGCAUGCGGCAUUAUCAUCAGCGGUCUGUACUUCGCCGGCCACUGCAGGGAGGUGACCAACAUCCUGGGACCAGCCUUGCUGUCCAUUGGGCUGAUGGUUUUUGUGGUGGGCGUGGUCCUGAUCCCCAUCACCAAGGAGAACAGGAAGCAGUCAAACAUGAAAAAGCCUUUCACUUACAGGCCUCCCCAAGUGUUCAACCUGUGAUGAAUUGGGGGUUGGUAUCUUGUCACAAAACUUCAUAUUUGGAAGUCACUCAAAACAAGAAACUUUAAGAACACACUGGAGUGAACCUUUUCAGCAUGGGAGCCUCUGUGGAAGCUAGUUAUUAAAAGGCUCUCCAUGGUGACGUUUAUGUUUAUUUCUCCAGGAUUGACAAAACUAAGCGCUUAUCUCGCUCUCAAGUGUGCAUGACAACAUUUGCAUUAAUAACCAUGGCUGUGGAGAAAGAAGGUGAGAGCACAAGGACAACAAUGUGCCGCAUGAAAUGCAAUUAUUCACACUUUCACACACAGUUUAGCAAGAAGGAUACAAGAAAGCGAACUGUCUUCAUGAAUAUUCAUGAGGGAAAAGUGGACAAGGGGGAUUUCCUAAUGCUGUGUGGUACAGUAUAUACCAAUUCAUGAAUAAUUAAAGGUUGUGAGAGCUUAUAAUUGUCAGUUCCCAGUUUACUGUGUCUUGUAUCCACUGAAGUCCUUAUUGUGAGCCUGAGUCACUAGGAAGGAGACUUUGACUCUGCGUGCAUUCAUCCUCAAAUAUAUGUAAAGGACAAACAUUUGACUACUGUGACCUAAAAGCACAUUUUCAUAGGAUUUAAAUAUUACGUGACAUGAAAUUUUAAUUAACCCCUUCAGACUCAGUGUCCAUCAUAAUGAAUAUUAAAUAUUCAUCGCCAUUGGAAUUGCACUUAAAAUUAGACCUUGCCCUUACAACUGAAUAGAUUGUAUUUAAAGCAGCUACUAUCAAUAUUGAAUGACUGA